AUGUCUGACGCCAACACACUUAAAGAUCAAGGCAACAAGGCCUUCGCCGCCAAACGCUACGACGAGGCUAUUGACCUAUUCACCCAGGCCAUAGCCCUGGACCCGUCUAACCAUGUAUUGUACUCGAACAGGAGUGCAGCCAAGGCUGGGAAGAAGCUGUGGCUCGAUGCUUUGGAAGAUGCUGAGCAGUGCAUUAAAGUAAACCCUACCUGGGCAAAAGGUUAUGCGCGAAAGGGUGCGGCGCUUCAUGGUGCUCAACGAUGGGAAGAAGCAAUCGCCGCGUACGAAGAAGGUAUUGCGAUUGAAGACAGUGCGGCGCUUCAGAAGGGGCUCAAAGAAGUUAAAGAGGCUGCAGCAGCUGCUGUUGGAAACGAUGAAGGUGUAUCGGGCAUCGCAAAGAUGUUUUCCGAUCCAAACCUGUUUGGAAAGCUGGCGAGCAACCCAAGGACGUCGCACCUCCUUGCUGACCAGAACUUUGUGAACCAGUUGAAAUUUAUCCAGGCAAACCCAUCGUUGGCUGGAAACUCGUUCAACGAUCCUCGUAUGAUUUCACCCGAGCCGGAAGACGAAGAAUCUAAAGAGAAGAAACGCGUCAAGGCCGAGGCGGACGCCGAAAAGGCAAAGGGUGCAGCAGCGUACAAGGCUAAAGACUUCGAGGCCGCAGAGCAGGCAUUUAGUAAAGCUUGGGAGAUCUCGCCGACCGAUAUUACUUAUCUGACUAAUCUUGCUGCCACGUACUUUGAAAAGGGAGAUUAUGACAAAUGCAUUGAGACUUGCGAAAAAGCUAUUGAUGAGGGGCGCAGCUUGCGAGCUGACUUCAAGUUGAUCGCUAAAGCCCUUGGUCGAAUUGGAACAGCAUACUCACGUAAAGACGAUCUCGAUAAUGCGAUCAAAUACUUCUCCAAGAGCUUGACGGAGCACCGAACACCAGAUAUUCUUAAUAAGCUUCGGGAUGCCGAAAAGUUGAAGGAAGAACGUGUCAAACAAGCAUACAUCGACCCCGAGUUGUCUGCAAAGGCCAGGGAGGAAGGAAAUGCGCAAUUCAAGGCCGGUGACUUUGCCGCAUCUGUAAAAUCGUACACCGAGUCAAUUAAACGCGAUCCAAACGACCCCCGCGGUUAUAACAACCGCGCCGCGGCAUACAACAAACUCGCCGCGUUACCCGAGGCACUGAAAGACGUUGAAACCGCUAUCAAAGUUGACCCCAAGUUUGUCAAGGCCUACAUUCGAAAGAGCACAAUUCUAUUUGCGAUGCGCGAGUACACCAAGGCGAUGGAAGCCGCACAGGAGGCGACGGCGGCCGACACAGAGAAGCAGCAUACGCGGGAAAUUGAACAGCAAAUGGAGAAAGUGGCACGCGCUCUAUAUGAACAACAAUCUGGGGAAUCGGAUGAGCAGACGCUGGAGCGUGCAAUGAGGGAUCCCGAGGUGGCCUCGAUUAUGACCGACCCUAUUAUGCAACAAAUCUUACAACAAGCACAGCAGAACCCUGCUGCGUUGCAAGACCACAUGAAGAACCCGAUUGUUGCGAAGAAGAUUCAAAAGUUGAUAGCUGCUGGUAUUAUCAAGACAAGACGGUAG